GCUUAGUUUCGUCAAUCAGCUCGAACAGUUCGCACGCAGAUCGGAUUCACGGUCCCAGUUCCGUCCUAGUUGACUUGGUAAAUCGAUUGAUCGUAAGAGACACAGAGUGUGUGGUGGAUAUUGUGCAGUGCGGAAAAGGUGUUCGAAACAAUUGGAAGGAUCAAAGUGAAUUGUGGCGGAAGCGAACGAACCCUUAUCUUCGGCACAGAUUAACCGCGGAAGGAAACGUUAGACUUUGCGUACGCCGUACCUCAGUUCCUCCCCAGAAACCGUCACAACCAAGCCAAGCCCCAAAAUGAGCACGGAUGUGGCGCUCAACAAUGACCUCGCCCUAACGGAGGAGAAGAAGAUCACCACCACGCCGGUGAUGGAGUUCUACCGAGGCAAGAACAUCCUGGUCACCGGUGGAACCGGCUUUAUCGGUCGGCUGUUGAUCGAGAAGCUACUCAGAAUCGACGUCCGACAGAUCAUACUCCUGUCGCGGCCCAAGAAGGGCAAAACAGUCCAGCAGCGAUGCGACGAACUAUUUGGCAGUGUGGUGUUUUUGAACCUGAAGAAGCACUAUCCCACCUUCAUGGAUCGGGUGAAAAUCUUGGACGCGGAUCUGCAACACCCGGGCGUGGGUCUGUCCGAGGAAUCCAUCGACUACAUCAUCAAAAAUACGCAAAUUGUGUUCCAUGCCGCUUCCGAUGUACGCUUCGAUCAGGCCCUUAAGAAGGCAAUCGAAGUCAACGUGCGGGGCACUCGCGACCUGCUUCGAAUUUGCGAGAAAAUUAUCAAUUUAGAGCUCUUCAUCUACAUAUCAACGGCGUAUUCCAACUGCCCAGAAUCGACCAUCAAGGAAGAAUUCUAUACACCACCGUCCGACCCGGAAAAAAUGAUCCACCUGAUAGAGGCCAUGGACGAGCACUUCGAGGAUCACCUCAACAAAACAAUCAACGAGUUCAUCCACCCUUGGCCCAAUACUUACGUCUAUACCAAAGCACUGACGGAAGACAUUGUGCGUCAGUUUGGCGAGUUGUUGCCUAUCGCCGUCGUUCGACCAUCCAUUAUCAUUGCCACCAACGAGGAACCGAUCGAGGGAUGGACGGACAACAUAUACGGCCUAAAUGGGGUCAUCGCCGGAAUCGCGCUCGGAAUCAUUCGCGUCAUGUUAGUUGAUGAUGACAACGCUGCCGACAUCAUACCGGCCGAUAUUGUCGUAAAUGGAGUACUGGCCGCCGGAUGGCAGACCUACAUUGAACGGAAACACGAUCCGGCCAUUGAGGCUAAGAACUCCAGCACCGAUAUGAAGGCGCUGGCCAAGCCAAAAACCAAAAUCUACAACUGUGUCACCGGAAGCGAUAACCCGAUUACAUAUCAGAAAAUCUACGAUUACUCCAUUCAGGUUGGCAAGCACUGUCCCCCGAAGCGAUCGCUGUGGGUGGUUUGUCAUAACACGACGACCAACAAGUACAUGUACGAGUACUACAAGUUUCUGUACCAUCUGGUGCCGGCAUUUCUCAUAGAUACCUAUCUGAGGGCAAUUCGAAGGACGCCACGCAUCAUGGAUCUGUACCGGAAAGUGCACAAAUUUGCCACCGUAAUUUCGUACUUCGCCAACGGUCGGUGGCACUUCGAGAAGGAGAACAUGAAAGGCCUCGUUCAAAAACUGUCCCCGGACGACCGGAUCAUGUUCCCGUGUGACAUCGCCCAGAUCGACUGGCCCGACUACUUCUGGACGUACAUCCACGGACUGCGGCGGCACAUCGCCAACGAACCGAUGGACAACCUGGAGGAGGCCAAGAAGCGACACCGGCAGAUGCGACUCGUCCACUGGUUCAUCCUGGCGGCGUACUACUUCUUCUGGAUAGUGCUGCUGUUCUACAUCUUCAAGUGGAUCCUGUUCUGAGGAUAUCAAUUAAUCUCUCCACCAGUUGAACCAAUGAUAAUUGCGUGAGUGAGAGUGCGGUAGAAUGCAGCUUGUGUUGAGUUCAUGUUCGAAUGUGGGUUGAAGUGAAUAAAUGGAUCGCGUGACAGAGAUUUGUGAUGACAUUACCGAUUUGGAGUGGGCCUUGUUCCAAUAGUUCACCACCACUCCCUCUGCUCAAAUACAAACGGGUAUCUCCGCAAUCGGGGAAACCUGUUGAAUCAUCUGUACAUUUGUUUUAUGGAUAUAAAAAAAAGUUCUUUGUUUGUAGAAUGUAUCGAGUUAGGUGUUCUUCCAAUAAACCGGACGCAUCCUACCCCUACAGACGGGUGUUGAUAGUCGAUCAAAUAAAUGUUAAAUUAUUGAUUGUGUACUCUUUAAA